AUGCGUCUCGCCGGAGUCGCCGCCGCCUCCGCCGUCCUCCUCCUCGUCCUCGCCACGUCCCCGUCGUGCCAUGGCGCCUCAAGCCACAAGAUCACGGACAUCCUCGCGCUCCACCCGUACUUCACCGAGUUCAGCGCCGCGCUGACAAGCACCGGCGCCGCGGCGGAGAUCGACCGCCGCAACACCAUCACCGUCCUCGCCGUCGACAACGCCGUGAUGGCGCAGCUCAAGGCGCAGAAACUCCAGCCGAAGGACCUCGAGCACGUGAUCUACCUCCAUGUCCUCUUGGACUACUUCGAUGCCACCAAGCUCGGUAGCAUCCAAGGCGGUUUCGCUCAGGCUACUAGCCUCUACCAGGCCACCGGCAAGGCGCAGGCAAGCGAAGGAAUCGUGAACAUCACCGUGUUCCGCGGUGGGCGUGUGGCGUUCGCACUGUCCGGUCCCUCGAACGCGCUGCCAGCCGCGUUCUACCAGAAAUCCAUCCAGGAAGCGCCCUACGACAUCGCCGUCCUGCAGGUGAGCGCCCUGAUCUGGUCUCCAGCGCCGCUGGCCGGGGCGCCGGCGCCGGCGGCGGUACCGCCACCCGACGCGGCGCCGAGGUUGGCGGAUCUCCUGUUCAAGAACGGGUGCGGGGGCUUCGCCGGUCUCCUUGACUCGACGGCCGAUGCGGCCGCGACGUUCGAGCGCAGCGCAGGCGGCGCCGGUGGGCUCACCAUUUUCUGCCCGGGCGACAAGGCGGUGGCGGCCUUCAACCCCAGCUUCAGGAACCUCAGCGCCGACGACCAGGUCGCCCUCCUGCUGUACCACGUCGUGGCGGCGCACUACUCCGCGCAGUCUCUCAAAGCGAUCAAUGGCGACGUGAACACACUUGCCACUGACGGAUCCAAGGGCUACAAGUACAACCUCACCGUCCAUGCCGACGGGAACACGGUGAAACUGUCGUCGGCGUCCACGAGCGCGGCCAAGGUGACCAAGACUCUGGUCGACAAGGCGCCCCUCGCCGUCUACCUCAUCGACGCCGUGUUGCUGCCGAGGGAGCUGUUCAACAACGGCCAGGGCCGCACCUCCCCCGCUCCUGCGCCGGCCUCGUCGCCUGCACAUCCACCCCCGCCUGCCAUUGCGCCGGCCUCGCCGCCUGCACAUGCACAUACACCGCCAGACCUUGCGCCGGUCGUGGCGCCGGCGAUUCCACCUACACCCAGGCGUCGCCCCGCGCCGACACCAGAGGACACCCCUGCGGCUUCGCCAGACGCCGAGGACAGCCAGCCGCCUGCAGAUCAGAAGAACAACGGAGCGAGGGACACGGCGUCUUGGAGUCUUGGCACGGCAGUGGCCGCCGCGGUGCCGGUGAUCGUGCUGCUGGUGCUGCUGUGA